AUGCAGCUUUCAUUCUCUGCAAUUGUCAUUCUUUUGGCCUUCGGUGUCAAGUAUGCAUCGGCCGGCAAGCACCACGACCUAGUUUGCGUCCGGGCCGAACCUGGAAACAGGAGUGAAGUCGCCACAGAAGCCACAGGUUGUGCCUGCAACUUCCUGAAAAGUAAGGGAGAAUGUUCCGACUGCACUAUAUAUGAGGAAACCUGCCAUUCGGAUGCCAAGCUGCUAGACGGCGACAAGUUUAAAAGAGCAUGCACAGAUCAAUGCACGAACUAUCUAGCUACUGGGUCUUCUGCACCCCCUGUCUGA